AUGAAAUUAUUGAGUAUUGAUGAUGAGUCAGUAAGUAAUGAGAUGAAUAAUAAUUUGACUGAAAUUAAACAAGAUAAUAAGGAUGGGAAUAAGAAAAUUAGUGAAAGUAAAGAAAAGCUUAAGAGUAGUAAUAAGAAAGGUAAAAAGCAAGCUAUUUGUAAAGUAGUUCACAACACCAGGUCAUCUAGUUUUAAGAUAGAUGUUGAUAAUAAAAGCGAGUAA